AUGGAACUUGGAGCUAGUAGAAAAGGGAGCAAAUUUUCUUCUUAUGAGAGAGUGGCAGCCAUAAGCAUGGUGGUUCUAGCUGUGGCUUCUCCUCUCUAUAUGGACAGGAAACCAGAAAGUGAGUUGCAAGAUGAUGACCACCAACCCAUGAACUUUGCUUUUUGGUUGCCUCUGCUGCUCUUUGUAUUGAUUUUAGCCAUAGCUUUAUCAGCUUUUCUGGAUCGGAGCUUCACCAGGUUUGAUCGUGACUGGAUUCAUAGAGCUGGUGGUUCUUCUGGUGGUAUUGUUUUGAUUCUUAUUGUUCUCUUUCUUGUUUUGAUGUGUAAAGCGUCUCUGUAA